AGGGGCUGGGCUGGUGACACUCUGCCUCCCGCUUCCCCUCUACUCCUCUGGAGGACUAGAAGACGCUCUAUCCCCCGCCGGUCCCCAGUUGUCUGCUCCGAACGCUCGGACACGUGGGGGGCCGGGGUGGAGAGGAAGCAGCGCAGCUGUGGGGCAGCCAUGGAGCUGGGCACCUCCUGUUUCCAGGCAGACCUGGACUUCUGCCCAGAGUGUGGGACCAUCCUGCCCCUGCCAGGCGUCCAGGACAAGGUGACGUGCGUGCGCUGCUCCUUCUCCAUUGACGUACGAGAUUUCGAAGGGAAGAUGGUCCGGUCAUGUGUCGAGUUCAACCAGCUGGGCUCUGUGGCUCUGAUGAUCAUGGAUGACGGGCAGGAGGUCAAGGGACCCAUGAUUGACAGGAAGUGCCCCCAGUGUGGUCACGAGGGCAUGGUCUAUCACACUCGGCAGAUGAGAUCAGCGGAUGAAGGACAGACCGUCUUCUACACUUGUGGCCAGUGCAAGUUCCAGGAGAAGGAAGACUCAUGAAUGGAGCAGCACGGGGGGCAGGGGGUCAUGGACAAGAGAAGACUAGGUGUAACACCCACCCUCCUUUACCCAGAACAACUUGCCUUACCUCCUAACAAGAUCCUUUUCUUGGCUCAGGCCCAGGUUGACCUAUGGGCUGACAGCCGCCACCACCACCCAGCGUUCACUGCCACUGGUGCCUGCAGCACAAUGAAGCAAAGGAGGGGCACGAAGACAACCCCAGCCCUGCCGAGGUGACUCCCAAGGGUGUAACCAUUGGGGAUACCCCAUCCCCGUUUCACAUCCCCUAGGGGAACCCCAAGUCAUGAACCCCAGGGGAUGUAGAUCCAUUUGUGGAGAACUCAAGACUAUUUAAAGCUGCCCUGACAGUUCUGAUGCUGGACCCCAGCUGCUGCGUUCUCCGGAGAGAGCCUGUUGGUGUAUUGUGCUUUGGGGGGGACGAUAAGGGGGGUUUUCUCCCCUCUUUCAGGAUCAUGGGCUCUGGGCCCAUGGAGGACAGAGCAGCUGGGGAGUCCUGGGUGCAUAUUUCCGGCCAACGCAACAACCCCCUCUUCCUAGGAGAAGUAAAUAAAACCCUAUUUUGUACAUGAA